UCAGUGGAGGGAUCGGCAGAGAGGGGUGGAGGACACUCAGUAGAGGUCAGUGGAGGGAUCGGCAGAGAGCGGUGGAGGACACUCAGUAGAGGUCAGUGGAGGGAUCGGCAGAGAGGGAUGGAGGACACUCAUGAGAGGUCAGUGGAGGGAUCGGCAGAGAGGGGUGGAGGAAACUGACUGGAGGUCAGUGGCGGGAUUGGCAGAGAGGGGUGGAGGACACUCAGUAGAGGUCAGUGGAGGGAUUGGCAGAGAGGGGUGGAGGACACUCAGUAGAGGUCAGUGGAAGGAUUGGCAGAGAGGGGUGGAGGACACUCAGUGGAGG